AUGGCUAAUUCAUGAGAUCACAAAGGGGAGUGACGCAGAUAUUAUAGACGCCCCACAUUUUUAUUAAAUCUACAGGAAUUCAAAUGUCUAAUCUGUAAAUGUCUAAUUUCUUAUUUUACGAGAGUAAAUAGUGAUUUAAAAAAGAGACACAGAUAAAUUUCUUCGGACUGCUCUGCUAACGCCGUUCAUGUUGGAGGUUGCUGCUCUCCACCGUGAAGAUUAGAUGGGAUAGCCAACACGAGAUAUGCCGCAGCCCAAAUCACGAAAAAUCGCCAUUCUCGGGUACAGAUCCGUAGGAAAGUCCUCGCUAACGAUUCAGUUUGUGGAAGGCCAGUUUGUGGACUCCUAUGAUCCAACGAUAGAAAACACGUUUACCAAGAUGAUCACGAUAAACGGACAAGAAUACCACCUGCAGUUGGUAGACACAGCGGGACAGGAUGAAUACUCUAUAUUUCCUCAGACCUAUUCCAUAGAUAUCAAUGGAUACAUCUUGGUCUACUCUGUCACGUCUAAUAAAAGUUUUGAAGUAGUUCAGGUUAUCCAUGAAAAACUUCUGGAUAUGGUGGGGAAAGCUCAAGUUCCUAUUAUGUUGGUGGGAAAUAAGAACGACCUGCACAUGGAAAGGGUGAUCAGCUGUGAGGAAGGGAAGUCACUAGCAGAAUCAUGGAACGCUGCCUUCAUGGAAUCCUCAGCUAAAGAGAACCAGACGGCGGUGGAGGUGUUCAAGAGGAUGAUCCUGGAGGCGGAGAAGCUGGAAGGCGGCGACCAACCAGGGAAGACUUCCUGCUCCUUGAUGUAGAGCUGCUGAUCAAUCAGAACAGAGAACCGAACACUACACUGGGAUAUCCAGUUACUUGAAGGCUUCCUGCCAGUACAACUACUACUCUUCAACUGUCUUCAACGGUCUUCAACAGUCUCCAACUGUCUUCAACGGUCUCCAACUGUCUUCAACGGUCUCCAACUGUCUUCAACGGUUUCCAACAGUCUCCAACUGUCUUCAACGGUCUCUAACAGUCUCCAACUGUCUUCAACGGUCUUCAACUGUCUUCAACGGUCUCCAACAGUCUCCAACUGUCUUCAACGGUCUUCAACAGUCUCCAACAAUCUCCAACAGUCUCCAACAAUCUCCAACAGUCUCCAACGGUCUUCAACGGUCUUCAACAGUCUCCAACAGUCUCCAACAGUCUCCAACAGUCUCCAACAGUCUCCAACUGUCUCCAACUGUCUUCAACGGUCUCCAACGGUCUUCAACGGUCUCCAACAGUCUUCAACGGUCUCCAACAGUCUUCAACUGUCUUCAACGGUCUCCAACUGUCUUCAACGGUCUCCAACUGUCUUCAACAGUCUCCAACUGUCUUCAACGGUCUUCAACAGUCUCCAACUGUCUUCAACGGUCUCCAACAGUCUUCAACGGUCUUCAACAGUCUCCAACUGUCUUCAACAGUCUCCAACUGUCUUCAACGGUCUUCAACAGUCUCCAACUGUCUUCAACGGUCUCCAACUGUCUUCAACGGUCUCCAACUGUCUUCAACAGUCUCCAACUGUCUUCAACGGUCUUCAACAGUCUCCAACUGUCUUCAACGGUCUCCAACAGUCUUCAACUGUCUUCAACGGUCUUCAACAGUCUCCAACUGUCUUCAACAGUCUCCAACUGUCUUCAACGGUCUUCAACAGUCUCCAACUGUCUUCAACGGUCUUCAACUGUCUUCAACGGUCUCCAACUGUCUUCAACGGUCUCCAACAGUCUCCAACAAUUUCCAACAGUCUCCAACAGUCUCCAACUGUCUUCAACGGUCUCCAACAGUCUUCAACUGUCUUCAACGGUCUUCAACAGUCUCCAACUGUCUUCAACAGUCUCCAACAGUCUCCAACGAUCUCCAACAGUCUUCAACGGUCUUCAACAGUCUCCAACUGUCUUCAACAGUCUCCAACUGUCUUCAACGGUCUUCAACAGUCUCCAACUGUCUUCAACGGUCUUCAACUGUCUUCAACGGUCUCCAACUGUCUUCAACGGUCUCCAACAGUCUCCAACAAUUUCCAACAGUCUCCAACAGUCUCCAACUGUCUUCAACGGUCUCCAACAGUCUUCAACUGUCUUCAACGGUCUUCAACAGUCUCCAACUGUCUUCAACAGUCUCCAACAGUCUCCAACGAUCUCCAACAGUCUUCAACGGUCUUCAACAGUCUCCAACGGUCUUCAACGGUCUCCAACAGUCUUCAACUGUCUUCAACGGUCUUCAACAGUCUUCAACUGUCUUCAACGGUCUCCAACAGUCUUCAACGGUCUCCAACAGUCUUCAACGGUCUCCAACAGUCUCCAACAAUCUCCAACUGUCUCCAACAGUCUCCAACAAUCUCCAACAGUCUCGAACAGUCUUCAACAGUCUCCAACUGUCUUCAACGGUCUCCAACAGUCUUCAACAGUCUCCAACAGUCUCCAACAAUCUCCAACAGUCUCCAACAAUCUCCAACAGUCUCCAACAGUCUCCAACAAUCUCCAACAGUCUCCAAAUGUCUUCAACGGUCUCCAACAGUCUUCAACUGUCUUCAACGGUCUUCAACAGUCUCCAACUGUCUUCAACAGUCUCCAACAGUCUCCAACGAUCUCCAACAGUCUUCAACGGUCUUCAACAGUCUCCAACAGUCUUCAACGGUCUCCAACAGUCUUCAACGGUCUCCAACGGUCUUCAACAGUCUUCAACAGUCUUCAACGGUCUCCAACAGUCUUCAACGGUCUCCAACAGUCUUCAACUGUCUUCAACGGUCUUCAACGGUCUUCAACGGUCUUCAACAGUCUCCAACUGUCUUCAACGGUCUUCAACGGUCUCCAACGGUCUUCAACAGUCUCCAACAGUCUUCAACGGUCUCCAACGGUCUUCAACGGUCUCCAACAGUCUUCAACGGUCUCCAACAGUCUUCAACGGUCUCCAACUGUCUCCAACGGUCUCCAACAGUCUUCAACAGUCUCCAACGAUCUCCAACAGUCUCCAACAGUCUCCAACAGUCUCCAACAGUCUCCAACAAUCUCCAACAGUCUCCAACAGUCUCCAACUGUCUUCAACGUUCUCCAACAGUCUUCAACUGUCUUCAACGGUCUUCAACAGUCUCCAACUGUCUUCAACAGUCUCCAACAGUCUCCAACGAUCUCCAACAGUCUUCAACUGUCUUCCAACUGUCUUCCAACUGUCUUCCAACUGUCUUCCAACUGUCUUCCAACUGUCUUCAACUGUCAACUCACCAACAGUUUAUUUUUCAGUAUUUCUGUUUGUCAUGAAAGGGUGAGUGGCUGUCAUACUGUACAUUUCCCACAAUCCACUUCUCGUCUCUUCUGUGCUCAGCCCUGAUGCGAAACUGAGAGCCACGUCCAGAAAUAACCCCUAGACCCUACACCCUUACCCCCCCCCCCCCCCUAGUCACUUCUCUUAGCCCCUAGCAUCCAGGGGGUGGGGUUUAGGGUCUGUUUCUGUAGCCUUGUUUGACCAUCCUGAUCUUGCAAAAGUACAGCGGUCAGGAUGGUAGAUCAGACUACUGUUUCUUUUCUCAUAAAGACGUAUCUGGCUUCUCACAUGGGGCUGCACAGGUGUCCAUUCUGGCUUUAUGGUGGACGGGUGACUAUGGAAGAUCAGAGAUGUUCAACCUCCUCAUAUUAGAGAUGCUAUGAAGACCGAACAUUCCCUUCUAUUGAAUUGUGGUUUUUUUAAAAAUAUUUUUUAUUUAAACAAUGGUUGUUUUAUCUUCUUUUCUCUAUCCAUGGAAUUAGUCCACUGUGUCACCAGGGUGGAGCUAGCAUGCCAUGGUUGUUUUUACGCAUACUAAGCCUGUUCAUUUUAGUGUAUUGUUUCAAAGGAAACAAACACUCAUUAGGAUCAGGUGUGGUUAAUUAGUGGGCGUGGCCAACACACCUGACCACGCUUAACAAGAUACAGGAGAGAGAGUUGUGUUGAUGCAGAGAACGGAAUGUAUGUUUUUAAAUAACUUUAGUAACGUUGAGAGAAUUUUCUGUGGUUUUUAUGGAACUUUUGGAACAAUUUGAAAACAUGACUUUAAAUAAAACCACGAGAAAACCUGUCAGAAACGUUAUGCUGAAGUACUGAAAUUCCCACAGAAGAACGUUUCUUAACGUUCACUGAACAAUUUUAAAAUGUCAAACCAGUUGUAGAACGUUUCUAGAUCAUUACCAAAAUUUUUAUGAAAUGUAACCAUGUUUGACAUUUUAGGAGUAAUGAAGUUAAAGUAAUGAAAUACCAAGAAAAUGUCAUUUUCGAAAGUUACAUAACUGUGCUGAGAAUGUUCCAAAGCCGAUCAACUACCCUGCACCGUUCCCAGAACGUUGUGAGAAGGUUGUAUGCAAAAUAACCAUAGGACAACCGCACUCUCACCAAGCACUAAGAAACGUUCUCAGAACGUCGUGUGCUAGCUGGGCUCUGUCAUUGUCAAUCCGUACAUCACUAAAACUUUUAUAGGAAAUCUUCCAGUGAACUUCAGGGAGAAUCCUAACUUCCUUAAGUCAAAUAUUCAGCUCGUCUCCCAUUGACAUCAGCGCAUGAAUAAGUGAACAUUCAAUUUAUGUGUAAGUUAAGAUUUGUUCUUUGGUCAUUUCUGAUGCAUUAGUAGCUGUUCAUCUGUCCCUCUUAUCCCUCUAGCUCUUUCUU